UCAGACACCAGUCUGCGCUCCCUCUACAAUCGAGCGGCAAAGGCCUUCAUUCACCGCGACUUCCUCACAACCUUCAAUCUCGUUAACACUGCUUUCUCUACCCUCACAGCUCCUCAAGAUGCCUCUCCGGAUGGUCUUGGCGCCCAUAGGAGAAAGUGGGAUAUACUUCGCAUAACCCUGGACACCACUGUAUACCACUCGCCCGUAGAUAAAGACAGUCUCCCAAAAGCAUUGCGCGCCAAUCUACUGCUCUCGUCUCAUGCCUUCAUUGCAACGCUGCACACUCGCUCCCUAGACCUCUUCACUCCCUCGAGUAUGCAACACCAUCCACGAUCAUCCUUCCUACCGCAUCAGGUUCUCGUUACUCUCGUCGCGUCGAGCCUCAAGAUCGAUACUCCGGACUUUGGACGAGGCAUAGUAGAGGAGUGGCUCUCACAUCGCGUACAUAGUGAGGCCCAGCUGGGAGAUCUAGAAGGUUAUGAGAAGGUGCUCGAGAUGUACUGUCUUCAUGUCCUGCCGCGGAUGGAAGGUUGGGACUACGCGAAGCAGUUCCUGGACUAUGAGAGCGAACUCCCGCAUGAACGGAAGAAGGUG